GUGACAUACGUCACAUCUGUCAAACAAGAAAAUUGUCAAUAUUCUAAUUGUUAUCAAAUACCUCGAAUUGUUUAAUAACUCCGAAUCAAAACAUGCAAUAAAACAGUGGUCUUAAUUAACAACUGGUUAUUAAUAAAAAAUUAACCAACAAAAUGUCCACUUAUGCGGCCAACAUUGUCACCGAGAACGGCGAACAGUUUAUACCGGCCUCCCAAAGACCGGACGGUACAUGGCGUAAAGCCCGGAGGGUGAAAGAGGGCUACGUGCCCCAGGAAGAAGUGCCCCUCUACGAAUCCAAAGGGAAACAAUUUAUGGCUAAAAAACAGGAGCCUGUGGUCCUGCCGACGGGCCAGGUAGCCCAGAGGCCCAUACCCGGACUCUUUAUUGUGCAAGAGGAAAAAGACAAGAAAGGACAAAAGAAAAAAAUCAAAAACAAAGUGGAAGAAAUAAAUAAGAUCCUUGAAAGUACUAAAAUAUCAGAGGGCGGCACUAAAACCGCGCCUGCGACAGCUCAAGCCAAUCAAGAGGCCACUGAUCCCGCAAAAAAACUGAAAAACCUUAAGAAACGCUUAAGGGAAGUGGAAUCGUUGGAGGAGAAAGUGAAAAGUGGUGCCCUCGCUAAGCCGGAGCCAGAACAGUUGGCAAAAAUCAAGAGAAAAAAUGAUCUCUUAAUGCAAAUAGCCGAACUUGAAAAACAGGUGCAAUAGAAUUGGUAAAUUUAAGACCCACAGCGAUAAUACAACAAGCAUUAAGCAAAUAAGGCUUUUUAGUACAGAUACUGCCAGAUCAAGAGGGGCUGUGAAGUAAAUUAUUCAUUUUUUUAAACGUUGGAUGCCUGUUGUAUUACCUUAAACCAUCAGAAAGACGUCUUUCGCAUUUAGAUUUAUCAUCCGAUGAUUGUUUCAUCUCUUACAUUGUAAAUAAGUUUAAAUAGUGACUUUAUAGUAAAAGAGGUUUUCGGAGACCCCAUCAAUUACACAUACUAUUUUUAGCAACCUUAGUUCGACUUUAUUGUGUAAUAAAAACGUGUAUAAAUAAAG